AUGGAUACUUCAGGUGCCUACGGUGGAGGUAAGGCUGGUGGAGCCUUUGAUCCCCAGGCAUUCAUCCAAAAACCGACUGUAAUCGUCAGGGCGGUAUGUUGGUUAUUCUGUGUGAUCGUCAUGGGCUGCAUAUCAGACAAGGGCUGGUACGUGAAGAAGUCAGAUAACAAGGAGUAUUGUGUUUAUAAUGACGAUACUAACGCCUGUAACUACGGAGUUGGAAUAUCCGUUAUCGCCUUCAUAGCGUGUGUGGCCUUCAUUGCUGGCGAAUACCUCUUUGAGCAGAUGUCAUCCGUUAAGACGAGAAAGCACUAUGUCCUAGCCGAUUUGGGUUUCUCAGCAUUCUGGGCUUUCCUGUACUUCGUGGGUUUUUGCUACUUGUCGAACGCGUGGGGAAAGACUGAGAACCCGCCCAUCGGAACCGCUAACAAUAUGCAGGGCGCUAUUGCAUUUUGUUUCUUCUCCAUUUUUGCCUGGGUCGCUUGUGCGUUCUUUGCGUUCCAAAGAUUCCGAAUGGGAGCAGAGGCGGCAUUUGCACCUGCUUAUGAAGUCGAAGGUGCUGUGGGUAGUCCAGGGGCUUUCCCGGCUUACCCAGGUGCACCCGACCCGCAGCCACCGUACAGCGACCCCCCCUUUUCACAACAACAAACAGGUAACGUCGACUACACAGCCCCGACAUACUAA